UUUUGUUGAAAUUCAUUUAAUUCGGUCAAAAUUAUGGUUUCCGUUAACUUUUGGGCUUCUCAAAAUUAGUCUUCCAUUGAAAAACCUAAAAGAUCGUUUCAAUGUGAAAUCAUUGAAAUUUUAAAACAACUUUUCGGACUCGGACGAAAAAUCGUUAUCAAUAGAAUGGCAACAACACAACGUAGAGGAGGUUAUGAUUAUAGAGUUUCAGCAAUUCAGAACCUCAUAGAACAUCUUGAUGAAGAACUAAAGCAAAUGAGUACGAAGGUUUGGGUACCGAAAACUAAUGUGAACGCAAAUACUGCUAAUAACGCUCAAAAAAACAGCUUAAACGCUUACCGCACUCCUAUUAUGAGUCUUACGAGAGCACCAAAAAUUGAGAACAUACGGAGUACAAAUUACCAGUUUCAACUUGUGUCCAGUACUUAUAAUGAGCGUGUGUUGAGGGCGUGCCAAAAUAGACGAAUUUUCAUGGUUUCUGGAAAUUUUCAUUCAAUACGCAGGGCGUUGCGAACACGCGGUUGGAUAGAAAAAUUACCUUCAAACUUCUAUCCAAGAAUACAAGCACUUUCAGAGAGUACUAUAAUGAGUUCUGCUAAACCUGGAAAUGACUAUGAAAAAGUGCUAUUAUCGAAGCGUUUACAUAAUUGUCCGGCUUUUUUUAUAUGGCAAUACGCUAAUGCCUAUGAUUGGUAUAAAGACGUCUUACCUUAUAGAAAUCGCAUACGUCGUAAUCGGGAAUUGGAUUUUACCACAAAAGUUGGUUUAAUCGGUUGCUCCGAACAAAACUUAUGGAAUCGUGACAAUAGUUCACCUGGCAUGAAUUAUCCUCGUUUUUACCGGCUUGGUAGUUCAGCUGAAGAGCGUAUAGCAUUUAUUUCUGACUACUUUAAGACACAAUGCCGCAGCCUGAUUUUGUACCUGUGGGAAUCUCGCGCUAACUUGCAAGAUAUGGUAGAUGAGGAUAAUGGAUCCGUCCCGGGAUUCAUUGUUCGAGACGCCGUAAAAUAUGUUGAAGAUCAACUUAACGAUAAAAUGGAAGACGAAGCAGAAAAAAGUCAAGCUGAGUUACAAGUGUUUAUAAAUUUUUGUUGUAGAGUAAUGUUCUACAAAGAGAAGCUCAAAGCAACUGCAGAUUAUAUUUCUGAAAGAAUUCAAAGUGGAAUUAAUGCUAUUAAGAAACUACAAAUUACACAUCCAGACUACAAAUGGGAUGGUCAACGAAAUUUGUGGAUUCUAAAACCAGGUUAUCAGUGUCGCGGAACUGGUAUUGUCAUACGAAGAGGACUUGAUGAUAUUCUAGAAUAUGCCAGAAGAAAUACUAGCAGGUGGUAUAUUGUACAAAAAUAUAUCGAAAAGCCACUUCUUAUAUUCAACACUAAAUUCGACAUACGUGUUUAUAUGUUGGUCACCAUUAGUAGUGAUACAUUGACUGUCUGGUUAUAUAAAGAUUUUUAUCUAAAGUUCAGUUCUCAGCAAUUUAGUCUAAGCGACUUAAGAGAGUCGAUACAUUUGACAAAUCACACCGUUCAAAGGAAAUAUAAAAACGACAUAAAUAGAGAUAGAAGGUUGCCACCUUGUAAUAUGUGGAAUUCCAUCAAGUUUCUUAGUUAUCUCAGGUAUGUGAAUUCUCAAGAAGAUAUCUGGUACAAUAAAAUACUUCCCGGAUUUGAACACAGUUUGUCUGCUGCAAUAAAAGCAAGUUUUGAUUGCUUGCGGCUCGUUGAAAAUUCAUUUGAGUUAUUUGGAUGUGAUUUUAUGUUAGAUGAAUCGUUCAAUCCCAUAUUAUUGGAAAUUAAUGCAACACCUGAUAUGUCUCCUUCAACUGAUGUAACGGCUUUCUUAUGUCCAAAUGUGCUCACUGAUUUAGUUAAAGUUGUUGUUGAUUAUUCUCAAAAUUCGGAAGCACCUACGGGACAUUUUGACCAGAUAAUGAAGGUAGAUUUCAAGGCAAACAAAUCGAAACCAGUUGCUUAUGUCAGCGUUAGUGGAUUACCAUUACCAAUAGGAAAGCCUCUGGUGAAUACUGCAAAGACAUCAAUCUUAAAGAAAUCUACCAAUUUACCAAAGGCUAGCAUAAGUGCAAAACCACCUAGUACGGUAGCUGCAAAAAGGAGCAGUACUGCAACUCCAAAGAAAUUGUCAACUAAUGCCUCUAAAACCGUGAGUAAUGCUUCAAAAAACAAAGAUAUUAAACGACCGAUUCCGAAGAAAAAAGUUGUUGUGAAACGAACAAAUAUCCCAUCCAAAUAGUUAUAAUUUAUCUAAAACCAGAACUACAAUCACAUUUGGAAAAUAAACAGAAAUAUUAAGGAAGAUGUGCACUAAAUAUGAUAAAAAUUAACUUUUUUAAUCUAGAGAUAUUAUUUAAUUUGAUAAGACUUAUUUAGUGAAUGAAAUUGGAUAAAUCUGUGAAUAUACUGGAAAAAAGUGACGAUAGUUUUUUGCAGUAAGAAAAAAUAUAAAGGAAUUGGUUAUUUGGUAAUAGAUAUCGGAAAAAUAUAUGGAUAUUUGGAUAAAUUAAUAAUGCUCUGCACUCUAUAAUGUCGACCUAUAUACAAAAUAUGCCAUCAGUAUUAAAAUUAAGAAAUAGA